UCCGACCGUGUUGUUAGUUUGAGAGUACUUCAGAGGAAAAGUGAUGGCGGCCGCCGUGUCCGUUAGCGCAGCUGCCAGAGAAGAAACCCCAAAUGCAGGGCCCACUUUCGCUAGCCGUCCACUUUACGAAAACUAUGACCCUACUAGCGCACACGAUAAAUGGGUUUCCAAAGACGGCGGAGACUUCGGACUCGAGGCCAGCGAUGAGGACGCAUCAUCAGGCAACGAGUGUCAGCGAAGGGUUGAUGAAGAGUUGACGACGCUUAGCCCUGAAGAGAUUUUGUGUCGUUUGGACAGAACUCGUCGAGAGUUUUACAAUCGCCGUAAAAUUAUAAUAAAAAACCUGCCAUCCGAUGUUAGCAAUCAGGAGGUGCAUGAGCUGUUGAGAGACUAUGACUUGAAGUACUGCUUUGUGGACAAGUACAAGGGAACCGCGUUCGUCACACUUCUCAAUGGGGAGCAGGCGCAGUGUGCCAUCAAAGAGUUCCACCAGCAUGUGCUGCGAGAGCGGGAGAUCUCUGUGCAGCUUCAGCCUACGGAUGCUCUGCUGUGCAUCGCUAACCUGCCCCAUGCUUUCAGCCAACAGCAGUUUGAGGAGCUUGUGAGGCCCUUUGGCAACCUGGAGCGCUGCUUCCUGGUCCACAGUGCCUCCACUGGCCACUCCAAGGGCUACGGCUUCGUGGAGUACAUGAAGAAGGACUCCGCGGCCAGAGCCAAGUCUGAGCUUCUUGGGAAGCAGCUGGGCUCCAGGAUGUUGUAUGUCCACUGGACCGAGGUGGGCUCUCUCACCUACCCCUUGCUGCACUCCAGGUGCCUCUGUGUGGACCGCCUGCCCCCGGGUCUGCUGACCGCCCAGGACCUCCGCGGUGCUCUGGCCGACACUCACGCGCCCAUCUUCUGCCAGUUGGCUCAGGGCCAGGACGGCAGUUUCCGGCGCUUUGCCGUGUUGGAGUACUCCUCGGCUGAGAUGGCUGAGCACGCGCAGAGGGUCGCUGACGGCAGAGUGGUGGGGGGGACCCGUCUCCGAGUCUCCUUCUGUGCCCCUGGGCCGCCGGGAAGGAGCAUGCUGGCUGCCCUCAUUGCUGCCCAAACCAUGGCUCUGAACCGGGGGAAAGGUCUCCUCCCAGAACCCACGGCCAUGCAGAUCCUCACAGGCCUAAGUAACCCUGCCACGUUAAAGAUGCUGCUUAACCCCCUCACCCAGGGCAGGAAACAAGGUCUCCUUGGUGCUGCUCCCACCAUGCCACUGCUGGCCAACCCUGCCCUCUCUGCUGCUCUGCUCCAGCUGCUGCUCCAGAAUCAGGCCCAAGUCCAACAGCAAGCCUUUUUGGGGAAUCAUCUUCUCUGGGCACAGGUGCUGCACAAUAAAGACAAUCGACUACUUCCCUGUGCUGGACUGAUCGGGGACAACUCUCUGGCUGCUCUACCUCUCCAGCAGGGAGUCCAUCUGCUGGGAGACCUACCUCAAGUUGGUGUGGCUCAGUCCUUGGGCCUCCAGUCAGACCCUAUGGGCUCAAUCAAAGCUCCCUCUAUGGGUAUACCCAUGGGCAGAGAGUCCCCUACCAGCUUCUCCCAGACUCCGUCCCCUAACCUCCAGGGCAUCUCCAUGCCCUUCCUGGGUGGUGUGAUGGGGUCAGAGGGGCUUACAGCCCCUGGGGUGUCAAUACUGGGAGAUCCUCCCAAAGAUGGAAGUCUUCAGCCGAAUUCCUUCCUCGGUGUUCACAGCCUGUUCCCAUCCUCAGGAGCCAGCUGUAGAUCCCACCCUUACAGGAAAAGAUCAACGUUAGACAACGCUCCCAACCAGCGCAGCCAGGGCAUCCACAGUAACUACAGCCUGCGUUACCAGGAGUCCUACACCCCAGACUACCCUACGGUACACCAGGAGCCUCUGGCCCAUCUGUAUGGACAGCAGGAGGGCCUGGACGCUGGUUCUCUGGCAGGGUUUGGACAGCAGCUUCCUCGGCAUCCUGGUUACAGCGAACAGGCCUCCUCCCACUACAGCUAUCCCCCCAGCCCUCCCCUGACCUCCUACUACAGCCUCGGAGGACCUGGUAGCCUCCCCUCCACCCAUCUCAAUAAGGCUGUCGGGAUGCCUCCUGUGAGCCACACUAACUCCUACCCUUGUCUGGGGGUGAAGACUCCCAUUGGCGGACACAAGCGUCUGUACUCCCGUCUGAUCCCGUCUCCGGAGCCCAGCCCCGAGGGAGGCUACGUGGGGCAGCACUCCCAGGGCCUCGGGGGCCACUAUGCCGACUCCUACCUGAAACGCAAGCGCAUCUUCUGAUGUCGGCCCUUCCUGUGAGUGGCCGGCCGUGCCGCGGUGGCACCGGAGCUCCUCCAGUAUGCAUUUAGUUUUGGACUUGGCGGUCCGGUGGUCUCGUGUGUCCCUGCCAGCAACCCCUGGUGGGCGCUGGGGGUGCAGACUGGUGCUAAUCAGGACAUGGCUCUGCCUGCCGGGGUGGGGGGUGGUGGGGGGGUUGAUGUGUUCUUUGUGUAAAUAUGAUUUCAGUGUGUAGUAUGUAAAUUAAGUUUUAGCCUUUUAUUUGAUUUUUAAUUUCUUUUUUUCCCACCAGGAAACCCUUUUGUUUAAAAGCUAAGAAUUGUCGUGUACUAUAAGGAAAUAAUUGUAAAAGUGAAUUUCUUUUUUUCAAUUCCUUGGUUGCCUGAACACUUCCUUUGUUUAUUUUCCUGUUGAGUUGUAAUGGUGUGUCAACAGGGUUCGAAUUUUAAAACGUUUGCCUUUUCUUGUUUGUGCAUAUAGUUCAUUAGCCUCUUUUGAUGAGUGUUUUCCUCUCCUUUCUCUAACCGGAGUAAUUUUUGUACUGGCGUAAACUCCCCAUACCAAAAUAACCAUUCUGGAAUGUGCUGUUUUCAAACUCUUCCUUUUCCACCUUCUGGCUUUGUUUUGUCCACCCCGCCCCUCCAUUUUGUUUAGGUAGCCCAUUCUUUGUACUAAAUGUUUAGUGAUGCACUUGGAGGGCGCACGGUUGUCACAAUUCUUUAGACUGGGUGGAUUUCUGUUCUCACCUGUCUGUUCUUCCAAUCUGUUCUCACAAUGUUCUCUUCAAAAUGUGUAUUGUGUUGAUCUAAGCUUGAUGUCGGAGUUGGCUGUCAUUUGUAUUAGCAUCUUGAUGACCACUGCACCUGUUCUUUUGUUCAUUCAAGGGGGGUGGGGUGGGGGGUGGGGGCUUGUCACUGUGCCUUUUUUCUGGAAUGUAAUAUCAAUCUGCAUAUUUUACACCUAUUGCUUCUGUCCACACAGAGCCUCUACUGGAGUUAUGUUUUUUUUUUAUGCUCCAAGACUAUGCUGGGUGCCCUGUGGCUGUCCCUCCUCUGAAGAACAGGGCAGGGGGCUGGUUUAUUCCGUUGGGUGUUUUAGUCAAAUUAGAAACCAGUCUGGAUGUCAGGCUGAAUCUGUGCUCACAGUUCUAUCUGAAGUUUUCCUAUAAUGCAGUGUCCAGUUUCCCCUGGUGAAAUGGGUCACUCCGUCUGCCUGGAAAGGUUUGAGCGGAGACUAAGCUUAUGACUGGUCAGUGAUUAAUAGCGUUGGGAGUCUGUGUGAAUAAUCUGGUUGACAUGUUGAUUGUGAUAACACGUUACCUCUUGGCUUCUGAUGAACUGAUAUUACACUUGAGCCUUAACAGGGAUAUAUUGGGCUACUUAUAUCCCAGUUUCUGUGUUUAUUUGCUGUGUACAUACUUUAGAGCUUGAAUUUCCUCGAGUCCUCAACUCUUGUUUUCUCAAUCAUAUCUUUGGCCUCUGGUCUGGUGUAUUGAGAUUUGAAACUAGUGCUGCUCAUUUUUUAUUUUAAUUUUUUUUCUUGUGUGUGUUUGCUUGUGUAUGUUUGAAUGAUUCUAUAUUCCCAAGUGCAGCCACCUGUCUGCUAGAUUGUCCAACAUUCUGUAUGGACCAAGUAGUGCUGUAUGAUCAACAUUUCAGAUUUGCUGUUAUGUGUUUCUCAUACCUGCAAUGUCUGUCAUCUGUACCGCCAUAUGUUUGUUGGAGCAAGUAAAUGUUAUUUAAAUUCA